UGCGUUCUAGCCGGUUCUAGCCGUUCUGCGCGCAGUAUUUCGAACACUUCGCGGCAAAAGGCGUUCAACGUUUGCAGAGCCUGUAGCUGGCCCAACUUUCCUGUUGAAGUCACGCCAUGUAUUCUGAGGACAUGUUUGCACCUCUGUUAGAGGUAGCACGGCGCGCUGAUUUAGAGAUUGAAAAUGCGAAGAACCAUUUGCGUUACCCGAGGGCAAACUCUGCCGCUAAACUGUGCAAGAUGUAUGAAGAACUACAGGAACUAGAAAGACAGUUCAAAUCUAUGGAUGAACAACUUGGCCAAUGCCUCUCUGAGCACGCAGUCGUGUACGAGCGGUUGAAACGGCAGAAUGCCACAGCGGAGGUGCAGAUCAGAGAUACAAUUCUGAAGCUGCAGUCUCGUGGCGUUCCUCUUUCAGAACAGCACCUAGCAUUUCUGUCACAGGUCACAGCCGAAGAUGGGAGCGCCCCUCAAGACUGUCUUCCGUUUCCAUCUGUCGAGGACAACAUCCGCAGGGCGGAGACACGCAACAAAGAACAGGCACUGCUUUCGCAACCGAUCCCAUGCUCUGGAUGCACUCCCGAAACUUCCCACACCGUUCCAUCCGCGGAAAGGAACAGAACUGAGUUACUGAUGUCUCGUGGCUACCUGGAUGAGCCGGAGAAUGACAGCACUUUGAUUGAGCUCACCGGGAGGUCUGGUCCAUCCACCUCAAGCGGUAUUGCUAAAUGCACAGUGGCAGCCCAAACACCUCCGACGAGGAAACACGCUACAGCUACCAUACCAGGUCCCUCUACUCCCGACUUCGAAAGUUACUGCAGGGCUACAGAGGACUUGAGAAAGUGGAACUCUCUCUGUACACCUGACGUAAAAGACAAGCGCAAACAGAAAACACCCCCUUCUGCAAAGCGUGGAAAAGCUAUGCCAAAGAAACAGUUGACCCCUACCUUGGAGGACUACCGCACUGUCGUGCAGGUAAAAGAACCUGUACUGGAUGAGAACACACCAAAGGUGCCUAGGGUUAAACUGCAAACACCACCAUCAGCAGUGCGUGCCAGGCCAGCAGAACUGACCACACCUACUUUUGAGGACUAUUGUGCUCAACGACAGGGGAAGAAACUCGGAACCAGAAAUCUGGAAGGGGCAGGCGACCUUGCCACCACCACCUUCAUGGGUCAUGCAUCUACUGCAGGUUUUCAUACCUAGAUGCAAAAUGUGCUGUGCAAACUGCCAUGUUGUAUGCCUGUGAUGUGUAAACAUGUUUUAGUUUCGUUAUGUAAUUAAAUCCCAGAAGACAAUACUGAUA